AUGUCCUUUCGACCAGCAUUUCCUUCCACUCCAACUUCACUGCUACCUACCAGUCAAAAGAGAAAAAGAGUACCAACAUUAGAUUUAUAUUACCUCCUUCCCAUCAUCUCUCUGCCAGAUAAUGUACACUAUCCUUGCUAUCCUACCAAACCAGUGAAACCACUCUUUCCAGCUCCAGCUCUAGCUCCAACUCCAGCUCUAGCUCCAACAUCAACUCCAGCUCCAGCUCUAACUCCAACUCCAGCUCAAGCUCUAACUCCAGCUCUAGCUCCAACUCCAACUCCAGCUCCAGCUCCAGCUCCAACUCCAGCUCCAGCUCUAACUCCGCAACUGCCAACCAUUCGAAAGAGAAAGACACUCCCCACACUGACCUCCUUCCUUUUUAUCUCUCUACAAGAUAAAUUCGCUGAACACAAAAAAAAAGAUUCUCCCUAUUCUACCAAACCACUCCCAACUCUAACUUUGCACUUACCAACGUGUCUGAAGAGAAACCGGAUCCCUACUCUGGAACUUAAUUCUCUCCAUCCAUCUUCCAAGGAAGCCUCUAUCCAAGGUGAAGUCACAGAACACAAGAUUCAUAAAACGCGGUUGUCUUCUACCGUACCAACCUCACCUACCCUCCCUCCCAAAGCCGCUAAACCCAUGCGAUUACAUUCUUGCUUGGUUAUGCAAACUUUCCAUUCUGUUCCUCCCCCCUGUAUCAAGUCUGCACCUAUCCAACCUGAAACAUCUCCAGUUAUUAGGAUGCGAACUAGCUUUACUUACUCACAGUUAGAAUUAUUAGAGGGCACUUUCUCCGCACAGAAUAAUGUCAACCAAGAACAUGCUCAUAAAAUAGCUGUGAAGUUCCAACUUCCUGUUGAGUGCAUCACUUCCUGGUUCUCGAACAGAAUACACUUGAAGAGAAAACGAGCUCUACGCACACUAAAGAUGCUGAAACUGAAAGCUAAAGAUAACUUCAUUUGUUGA